CCCCGGAAAAGAAAGCUCGGGGCUCGGGCCUACCGGUUGUAUAAGCUCUUCUUCCCCGCCCCGUCGGGUUGCAAAGCUCCCAAAAUCCAGAUGCGCGCGUAGAAGGAGGCUAGCUAUAGCAGCAAGGGUCGAGUCAAGGCCGGAGAAGCCCACCCCGGAUGCUGGAAGCCUGCCUGAGGAAUGGGAAAGAGGUGGUGGGCCUGAGCGUGAGCUGGGAUUGACGGGGUGGGCAUCUGCGUGUAGGAGGGAGAGCGAGGGACUCUCUGGUCUGUGAUGAGGGAGGCCCGCGGGGGCCCGUGUCUUCUUUGUCCUGGUGGGCGAGGAGAAAAGACACCGUUGGAAGUGGGCUUGAAGGAGGUUUACAAUGAAGAACCAAGAUGGGGAAACCAGGGCUGUUCUUCUCCCUGCCAGCCCUUCCAAAAUGAGCAGUGGGAUACGGCUGGAAAAUGGUGACUUAGCUGAGGCUCCCAUAGUGAUGGCAGGAAGCUGCAAGUGUCCACACCAGCCCGAGAUGUGCAGCCUGAACCCUUUGGUUGAUGGAAAUGUUGAGACCACAAUGAGCGAGGGACAGAAUAAGAAAGAAGAGGCACUUUUGGUAGAUGAGACUUUAUCCCAGCCCCACCAGCCUGUUACAUGUGAUGUCUCUGAAGAGCUGAGUAGACAACUGGAGGACAUUCUGAACACAUACUGCAUGGAUACCAACCAGGAAGCCCCAGGGGAUGACAAUGGGCAGGUUGAGCCUGUAGAGAUGGAUGAGGCAGAUAAGUGCCGGAGCGAAUCCCCAAGGAAUGGCGAGCAGGAACAGAGUUGCCCUGAGAUAAAUGGGGAGAAAGAGGGCCCCAGAGGGGCCAGCGAUGAAGGUGGCGAGCGUGAUCAGAAACGAACCCAGGAAAAAAAGAAGGCCAAGGGGCUUGGCAAGGAGAUCACGCUGUUGAUGCAGACGCUCAACACUCUCAGCACAUCUGAUGAGAAAUUGGCAGCCCUCUGCAAGAAGUAUGCUGAGCUGCUGGAAGAGCACAGAAACUCUCAGAAGCAAAUGAAAACCCUGCAGAAGAAGCAGACCCAGUUGGUGCAGGAGAAGGACCAUCUACGGAACGAGCACAGCAAGGCCAUCUUGGCCCGCAGCAAACUGGAGAGCCUGUGCCGGGAGCUCCAGAGGCACAACCGCACCCUCAAGGAGGAGGGUGUCCAAAGAGCCCGGGAGGAAGAAGAGAAGCGGAAGGAGGUGACAUCCCACUUCCAGGUGACCCUCAAUGACAUCCAGCUGCAGAUGGAACAGCACAACGAGCGCAACUCCAAGCUGCGUCAGGAGAAUAUGGAGCUGGCUGAGAGGCUGAAGAAACUCAUUGAGCAGUACGAGUUGCGGGAGGAGCACAUUGACAAGGUCUUUAAACACAAGGACCUACAGCAACAGCUAGUGGAUGCCAAGCUCCAGCAGGCCCAGGAGAUGCUGAAGGAGGCUGAGGAGAGGCACCAGCGAGAGAAGGACUUUCUAUUGAAGGAAGCUGUGGAGUCCCAGAGAAUGUGCGAGUUGAUGAAGCAGCAGGAGACGCACCUCAAGCAGCAGCUGGCCCUCUACACAGAGAAGUUUGAAGAGUUUCAGAGCACACUCUCCAAAAGCAGUGAGGUGUUCACAACCUUCAAGCAAGAAAUGGAGAAGAUGACAAAGAAGAUCAAGAAGCUGGAGAAAGAAACCACGAUGUACAGGUCCCGCUGGGAAAGCAGCAACAAGGCCCUUUUGGAAAUGGCAGAAGAGAAAACUCUCCGGGACAAAGAACUGGAAGGGCUCCAAGUGAAAAUCCACCGCCUUGAGAAGCUCUGCCGGGCCCUGCAGACUGAGCGCAAUGACCUGAACAAGAAGGUGCAGGACCUGUGUGUGGUUAUGGCCCCUGUUGCUAGCAUGGACAUCCAAGAGCCACAAAAGGACCAGUCCCAAGGCAGCUCAGAUGGGCUGGCACUGCAGGGCACUGCAGCAGGGGAGUGCCUUGCUCUGGCACAGGCAGUGUGCUGCACAGGACCAGCUGAGAGGCUUGGUGAGGCAAGCACAGGAGCACCCCCUCAAGGCAAGACUGAGGAAGCUGCUCUCUCUCUUGAGUAACGAGGGAGGGAGGCUAGCAAACCCAGAGAUGAGGCCCCAGGCCUGGGGGUGAGAGCUCAGUCCCCACAUCUGGGCUUUAAGGUGUUCUAGUUAAAGCUUUUGACAAUAUUGAAGGCUUUUCCUUGCUUUUUGCUUUUUUAAAAAUCUAACUAUAUAUAUAUUAUAUGAUACGAUGUGCAGGGGAAGUCCCACUUUUUAUAUCUAGGUAUAUAAACUAGAUUGAACCAUU